AAAACAAAUCAUACAAUCAACUCCGAAGUAUAUCAAGUAUCCCAAAGGAUAUAGUGAUAAUUCUACAAAUACCCCUUGAUAUUCACCAAGUUUAGCAAUUGACAAAACCAAAAUUGGUAAUUUGAAAAUGCGCAAAUAAAUGCUUGCUUCUUUUGAGGAGGAAAGAAAAAACAAGGGUUUAUAUUUUACAGUAGACCAUUUUUCUGGAUGAGCAAUUUACCAAAAGACUGAAUUUUUAUCGGGCUUUGUAAUAACGCUACAAAACCAUUGUUAGAUAGAUAGUUUAGAGAGAGAGAAAAAAAACAAGGGUUUAUAUUUUACAGUAGACCAUUUUUCUGGAUGAGCAAUUUACCAAAAGACUGAAUUUUUAUCGGGCUUUGUAAUAACGCUACAAAACCAUUGUUAGAUAGAUAGUUUAGAGAGAGAGAAAAAAAACAAGGGUUUAUAUUUUACAGUAGACCAUUUUUCUGGAUGAGCAAUUUACCAAAAGACUGAAUUUUUAUCGGGCUUUGUAAUAACGCUACAAAACCAUUGUUAGAUAGAUAGUUUAGAGAGAGAGAGAAAUCCCCCCUUUUUUCUGUAUCUUCCCUCUAUUUCAACAGGUUCCUAUGCAGCUGUGAUUUGUUGAGGGUAACAUUUUAGUCUUAAAGUUUCCUAAAAUGGAAAGUGAUGGAAAGAUGGUAAAAACAAGUAAAACCCUAGUUCAGUUUGAUCAGUCAACAACAAUUAUAAGCUCUUCCUCAGUUGUUGAAAAGGAAUCUUGUGGUUUGGAUUUGACUAGUUCUGCUUUAAUGGGUGCCCGGGUAACAAAAAGUCAAGCCAAUGGUUCUGGGGUUAUUGGGGAAGAAAGUGUCCAUGAUAAUAAUUCGAUAGAUGGAGGUGCCGCUGUUGGCGGUGCCGGUGACGGUGUUGGGGAUAAUUUGAGUGUUGCCAAUGAAUCGUUGACGACGGAUGGUACUAGGGUUGGAAUGAUUGUGGAUGGGGAGAAUGGUGCUGAUGGUUGUGUGAUAGAUAAGGGGAUUGCAGAAUGCAAAAUUGAUGAAAAGCUGGAUGGUAGUGUGACAGGGAAUGUUGCGUCUGGUGUUUCGAAGGAAGUGCGUGGGAAGGGUUUUGGUGCGAAAUUUCAGGAUGGGAGAAACAGUUCUGAGAGGAAGCCUUUUGAUGAUGUAUCGAGUAGCAUUGCGCAGAGGACGAGGAACAGGGCUGUGACUGGUAAAAAAGAGGACAUUGGUGAUGUGGAUGAUGGGCAAAAGGGGAGCGAGGUUGGUGAUGUGGAUGAUGAAGAAAAUGUUUUUCUUGUGGGGGAUUUUGUUUGGGGAAAGGUUAAGAGUCAUCCUUGGUGGCCUGGGAGGAUUCAUGAUCCUUCAAAUGCAUCUGAGUUUGCGUUAAAAUACAAGCACGAGGGGCGGAUUCUGGUUGCAUAUUUUGGGGAUAGGACUUUUGCUUGGUGUGAUACUUCUCAGUUGAAAUCUUUUGAGGAGAAUUUUGAAGAAAUGUCAAAGCAAAGCAGCUUGAAGACCUUUGUUACUGCUGUAGAGGAAGCUCAGAAUGAAUUUGGUAGACUUGUGAAGCUACAGAUGACUUGUUCCUGUGCAAGAGAAAGCCAGAGUUCUCUGCCGUUUGUAGUGAAUGCAGGUGUCAAAGAAGGGGUUCAUGUUCCUGAGAAUGGAAUUGCCAAGUUUUCAGUUGCUCAGCUUGAUAUGUCAGCAAUGCUUGCUGAUAUCAGACGUAUGGCCAUAUUUGAUUUGCUAGCUAAUACACUUGAGCUACCAGUGUUAAAGAGCCGAUUAUUGGCUAAGUUCGGCUACUCGCUACCGAUAUAUUGUGAGCCCAUGGGCAUUGAAGACCCUGUGAAUGAGCAGGGUGUACCUAGGGAAACUUCAUUUCGAGGUCCAGACGAUGGGGACUGGUUUAUAGGCUCUGAAGAUCAGACGCUGGGACAAAAUGACAUGCAGACGCCACCACAUGAUAUGUCACAUAGAAGAAGGAAGACGAAGAGCAUUGCUGACCUGUUGGGAAUGGACACAAAAGAUAAGUUGGAGAGUGACAUGGAUGGAAUAGAAGAAAAUUCACAGUUAGGAAAGUCGGUAGUGAAAUCUGGGAAGAGGAAGAGGAAGGUUGCUGAUGAGGAUCAGUCAUCUAUGCCUGUGGCAAAUGGCGAUGAUGGUUUUUCUAAAGAUGAGGAGCUUUUAGGAAAGCAGUUUUCAAUAUCUAGUAGGAAAAGAAGGAAGACUGUUGAUGAAACACAACGUGUAACAGAUGAUUCGAUGAUUACUCGAUCAAGCUCAAGGAAAAAGAAAGAGGACUCUGUAAAAUCCCGAUCAAGCUCAAGGAAAGCGAAAGAGGACUCUGUAAAAUCCCGAUCAAGCUCAAGGAAAGCGAAAGAGGACUCUGUAAAAUCCCGAUCAAGCUCAAGGAAAACAAAAGAGGACUCUGUAAAAUCUCGAUCAAGCUCAAGGAAAACGAAAGAGGACUCUGUUAAAUCCCGAUCAAGUUCAAGGAAAACGAAAGAGGAUUCUGUAAAAUCCCGAUCAAGCUCAAGGAAUACGAAAGAGGACUCCGUAAAAUCAACUACCUCUGACAAGAAAGCUUCAGGUGAUGGUGGUGGUGAGGUAAAAAACAAGCAGAAAAUGAACAUUGUGCCUCAGGUGAGCACUAAUGGUGGACCUACGGCUGAGGAGGGUUAUGAGAGGAUCUCUCCAAGAGAAAGGAAAUUGAGCAAGUACUUGUCUCCUCCCUACACAAAUUUGCUGCAGAGGCAAAGAAGUUCAUGUUCACAAACAAGUUCAGAAGCAAGAGGUCUUGAGUUCUCUGAUGUUGCAAAUACCGGCGAAAGGAUAGCCAAGACAGCUGGCAAGUUAGUGGGCUCUACUCCGUUAGUGAAAUGCAGUGCUGAAACACUUCAGAAGCCUUCUAAGGUAUCGGGUUCCAAGCAUGAGAAAAUUGAUCAUCCAGAUCAGAACAGAAGCAAGCCAGAUCUGAUUUCUGAAGAAAAUGGUCCCGAGAAAAGUAUUGAUUCUUUGAACGGUGUCCUUCGUGAAAUUCACUCAGCUGCUCUUGAUCCACUAUGUACAAGGAGGGACCAGAACUUUGAUUCAAUCAAGGGAUUUGUAUCUUCAUAUAGGAGCUCAAACUACAGAAAUGGACCAAAUUAUAAAAUCUAUAAGAAAGGAUUGGCUGAUGAUCAACGGAGAAAGAGAAAGAGAAAUUCGUCUGGUACCAUGCAUGGGUCAGACUCAGAGCAUAAGGUUCUGAAUGAUGUUGAUCAGCAGACCCUCAAGCGGAAACCUUCUAAAAGGAGUGCAACAAAGAGAGAGCAGAAGUCGGAGUCAAAGCCUGAUAAUGAAGUAUCUUGUGAGCCUUCUUCAUCAUCAGCUACCCUUGUGAUUACAUUUCCGGCAGGUUUCUCCUUGCCAACAAAGGAAAAUAUCAUAGGAAUGUGCUGUAAGUUUGGUGACUUGGAUGAGUCAAAAACUGAGGUGAUCUCGGAGUUAUUUACAGCAAAGAUAGUUUUUGUACACAGGUCGUAUGCUGAAGCUGCUGUGGACAGUAUGCAGAAGAGUCUUCCUUUUGGAACUGCGGAAGUUAGCUAUAAAAUUCAAUAUCUAGCGUCUGUGUCUUCUAAGGGUAAGCAAGUGAAUGUGCAGAACAAGAAGAAAAUGAAAUCUACUGAGUCAACAGUAGCCAAAUCACCUGACAAACAGCCUUUUGUGUCUCCCAACUCACCUUCACCCGAAGGUGAACCUUUGGCGGUUAUCUUUAUAAAGCAGAAGCUCAAGGCAAUGACGUCAAUGUUGGGAGAGACUGAUGGUAAGAUGUCAGAGGAGAUAAAAUCUAAUCUGGAAAAUGAGGUGAAGGAGCUUUUAAAGAAGGUGAAGAAGAUGACUGCUACUUCGUCCUAGUUUAAUACAAGUAAUACUUAGUAGUCUUUUAUGAUAUAUUUAUGAUAUAGAGAGCUUUAGACUGUUUGUAAAGAUUGCUAUCUGUUUACUUUCUUCUCUGCAUAUAGUAGACCUUUUUCUUCUUCUUUUUGGAGUAGCACACUCAAAUGCUGUGGCCAAAUGGGUGUUCUUGUCAAUGUUGCGGGACUUGAGAUGUGAGAAAUUACCUCUACUAUCCUGUAUUCAUUUUCACAUGCUUCAUUUAUAUGGUUUUCAAUUUUCGUGCA